AUGGCUCACGACGGAGUUGCCACUGCUGCCAAAGAGCUUUUGCAAUCCAAAAAAGACCACACGAAGUGGAGAAAACCUGACUAUCAGUUGGCCAUUCAAUGGAAGCAAGGGCCGAAUCCGUCCGAACCAAAUAAUGAGAAGACCGACGCCAGAAAGGAUGUUUUGGUUGCGCUGUGGAAGAACAAAUACAAGGACCUAGAGGCCCCAACAGGCGGAUGGACGGAUCAGGAUGAAGAAAAGCUCCAGGCUCUGAAAGGGGGAGAGAUUGAAUGCUUUGAAAGAGACGUCGGAUUACAGCAUUGCUUUGAAACGGAGAACGAAGGAAUUGCUCUGCGCCUUCUAGCUUUCACCAAGCAGCGUCGCAAGAAUGUGUUGCUGCGUGUGCUGCGAGCACUUGACGACGGUGAGAUGGAGGAUAUUCAAAGCGACCUACUAUAA